AAGAUGUUCAAGUUCUUGCUCGUUGCCGCUUUGGUGCCAGCCAUGGCCAUGGCUACCAUCAGCUUCAGUGCCUGUCCGAACGGAGUUCCUGCGCCAACCAGCCUAACCGUGAACGACUGCACCGGAAACGUAUGCAUCCUGGUUGCCGGACAACCGCUGUAUGCCCUGGCCAGUGGAAUCGUCAGUCCGAUCGGAAGCAGCUCUGUUACAGCUAGCAUAGGGGCCCGCGUUUCCGGUGUAGGCCCUGCUUACCAAAUCCCAAUUGUCAACACUGGUGGAAUUAUCGGCGGAGGCCCCGUUGUUGCCGGAGUUCCAUUCGAUUACGCUGUGAUUGAAAAUUCCGUGGCAGUUCCUGCUCGGGGCGUCUUUGGCCAGCUGCAGGUCGAUCUGAUCGGUGAUGGUGGCAUUACUCUGGCUUGCGUCCGUUUCAAUGCUGAAAUUCUGUAA